GUUCCCUUAUGGGUGUGGUGAAGAGAUUGCUGGCAAAAAUUGCCUCUCAGUUUGCGUGAGGGCUGCGUGGCCCUUUAAAUGUGUUUAAAAUUGACUUCCAAUUAAUUGUGCUGCUUUGAAAUUUAUCUGUGCGCAUAUCAACAUGCAAGGGAUCUGAAAGAAGCGGAUUUUGCCCAAACUAGCCUGAUCAGGUCCAGCACGUUGUCGUCUUGGGUGCCGGUCAAACAGGAACAAUGAGUGAGUUGGAACAGUUGCGACAGGAAGCGGAACAGCUUCGCAACCAGAUCCGGGAUGCUAGAAAAGCCUGCAGUGACUCUACACUUUCGCAGAUGACAGCGAGCCUGGACUCAGUGGGGCGGAUACAGAUGAGAACGAGACGCACGCUCCGAGGUCAUCUCGCCAAAAUCUACGCCAUGCACUGGGGCAGCGACUCCAGGUUACUUGUCAGUGCCUCCCAAGAUGGCAAACUGAUCAUAUGGGAUGGUUAUACGACCAACAAGAUGCACGCUAUUCCCCUGCGCUCCUCUUGGGUCAUGACCUGUGCCUACGCCCCGUCGGGGAACUACGUGGCCUGCGGAGGCCUGGACAACAUCUGCUCCACCUACAGCCUUAAAACCCGCGAGGGCAACGUCAGGGUCAACCGAGAACUGGCUGGACACACAGGCUAUCUGUCUUGCUGUCGUUUUCUUGAUGACAAUCAGAUCAUCACCAGCUCUGGUGACACCACAUGUGCAUUGUGGGACAUUGAGACGGGCCAGCAGACCACCAGUUUCACGGGACACACGGGUGAUGUCAUGAGUCUGUCGGUGAGUCCCGACUUAAAGACGUUCGUGUCAGGAGCCUGCGACGCUUCUGCCAAACUGUGGGACAUCAGAGACGGGAUGUGCAGGCAGUCCUUCACCGGCCACGUCUCGGAUAUUAAUGCCGUCUGCUUCUUUCCGAAUGGAAAUGCCUUCACAACGGGUUCAGACGACGCCACCUGCAGGCUGUUUGACCUGCGUGCGGAUCAGGAGCUCAUGAUGUAUUCUCAUGACAACAUCAUCUGCGGGAUCACCUCCGUGGCUUUCUCCAAGAGUGGACGCCUCCUGCUGGCCGGAUACGACGACUUCAAUUGCAAUGUUUGGGACACUUUAAAAGGCGAACGUGCAGGUGUCUUGGCUGGUCAUGACAACAGAGUGAGCUGUUUAGGAGUACCUGAUGAUGGAAUGGCUGUGGCCACGGGAUCAUGGGACAGUUUCCUUCGGAUCUGGAACUGAGAGCGGUAUUAAAAUCUCCGGCUCCUGUUUCCUUCGGUCCCGUUUCUACGUCUUUCCACAGCAGUUCCUCUGUAUUCCAGUUAUUACACAUGAUUUUCAGUAAGUAGAUGAAUCCCGUGGAGAAGCCUAUCAUCACUGCCGGCCACAGGAAUUAUAGGAAGAGAUUAUUAAAGUGUCAUUGUGUAAUAUGUAAAUAUACAUGUAUAUGAAUAUAGAUAUGGUAUAUAUGUACAGCAUUAUGUGUAUGUAUAUACCAUAUAGUAUAUACAUACAUAGUGUUCAUGUAUAUAUUUUUCUAGUUGAUCAUUGGCCCAUGACAUUUUUAUUAAUCUUUCACUUUUUUUUUGUAUUUUUUUUUGUUUGUUUGUUUGUUUGUUGUACAUAGAAAACAACGCUAAACUAGAUGGAACAUUGCAAACAGUCUGUAUUACAAAAAGUUUGUGAAUUUUCAGAAGUUGUUGUGCAUUGGAAAGCAUAAGCGUAAAACACAUGGAUUUUUUUUAUGCAGAUGAAAACCUCUGAACUUUUUUUUUUUUUUUACACGUCACUAAAUCAAUCAUCAUUUAUUGGUGCUUGAGUGUGUUCGGAGAGAAGGCACUGAAUUUUCUCGCAGCCUUGAAUGUUUAAUUCAAAGCAUUUUGACACCUUGUUUUUAGGAGUUUUGCUUUUGAUUGAUAAAAUUCAUAAUCGAUCCGCCCUUGAAUUUCAGCCUUAAAUACUAGCGAUCACAAUAUAACUAAUCCUAGUAUAUAAAUUCCUAUUCUUGGUGCUUACAAAGAUAUCUGUGCUUCGAAUGAAUUCAUAACACUCGCUCUUUUCUCUUUAAACUAGAAAUGGCCACAAACCCUCCUCUUAAAUUUUAAAUGUUGCAGUGUUACCAAGAUAGAACGUCUUGAAAACAGUAUAAAUAUUUUUAUUGGUAUUAAUUAGGCGUCAUUUGAAUGCUGAGACUGUUUAGUGUUUUGAGACCUCUCAGUUUCAUCAUGUAAAUGUGUGCAAACAGGUGGAAAUGAAGAACACUACCUGGUCAGGAUAGUUAAACUGCUGACAAGUCAUUAUAUUAGGCUUAAUUUUUCUAUGGAUCAAAAAAACGUAGACAAGAGCGAUGAAGCUGCUUACUCAUUUUCGCCAUAUUUAAGUGCCAUCGGUUCUGACAGUAUGCCUGUGUUUGUUGCGGUUGCCAGAUUGAUGCUGGUUUGAGAUGCAUGUCAGUAAACAGCUUAACAAGCCUGAUUAAAACAGUGAUAUUUGUGCCAUUGUUAACGCUUUUAACACGUCAUGUAACUGUGAAAAGCAUUUAAAAUCUUUCUUUUACUUUACCUUUUUAUAUAAAAGGGAAUCGGAAAGCAGCUUGAAAUUAUUUUGAGGUAUUAAACCAUGUAUUUUUUUUUUUCUGUAAGAAGUCCUUUUACAGUAUGAAGAUGCUUUUUAGCAUAAAUAAAACCCCUUUCACUGCUCCAUAAAGGAAUUGAUUUUAGUUUUAUGUUUUUUGCUGAAUUUUAUGAUUAACUGUGAAAAUGGAUGUCUUUUGGUAAUAAUGUCUCAUUUAGAAGUCACUUUGAAUUCAGUUUAAACAGGAAUUAUGCUGAUAUUAUUAGUAUUGGUUAGACUUAAGUCAGAUUUCUAUUGUUGGUACUGUAGAGGUUGCAAGAUUGCCAAUCAGUAAUUCUUUUUGUGGUUGUUUUAUUAUGAUCAUGUUGAAGAUUUGAGUGGUUGGUUCUGGAUCAGCUGAAAUCGGCAGUUUUAACAUAUAGCUGCCAGAAGAGUGGCUGAAAUGCUGAUGUAGUCUUUCAGUGCUUUAAUGAAAACCAUGGAUGACUUUUCCAAAUGCGUUUAGGUAUUUUUUUUUUCCAAACCACUCAAACUUGGCAACAAAAGAACAUUUUAGUAUUACAAUACAUGUUAGAACCCCAAUGGUUUAGGUAUUCACAAUAUACCUUUGGCUCAAUUUGUAAGCUUCAUAAUCUUUUUUUUUUUUUCCUCCUCCUUCUUUCUUUUGAGCCAAUAAAACCAGGAGUGUGGUGCCUUGUGUACGUUCACAGUGCCAUAUUUUCAAAUAAUCAUUUUUAAUAACAUUGUUUCUCAACUUUUUCGUAUUUGUAAAGUAACCUGGUGAUAAUGCUGCCAUACACUGAUAUUGUAACCAAUAAAAAGACUUUUAACCACA